AUGAACACAUCAGGAAAAGUAAUCACAUGCUGGGCAGCCAUUGCCUGGAAAAAAAUUUCUCCUCUUUCAAUUGAAGAAGUGCAAGUUGAGCCACCAAAGGCUGGAGAAGUUCAUAUUAAGAUGAUAUCUUCAGGGAUUUGUGGUUCUGAUGAUCAUGUCCUGAAAGGAACAUUUCCAGUGAAGUUUCCUUUAAUUCCAGGCCACGAAGGAGCUGGGAUUGUGGAAAGUAUUGGUGAUAAAGUGAGCUCCGUGAAACCAGGAGAUAAAGUUCUCACACUCAUUAUUCCACAGUGUCGAGAAUGCAACUCCUGCUUGCACCGCAAAGGAAACUUCUGCGAGAAGCAAGAUGUUCUGCCUUCUUCUGGAUUGAUGCUGGAUGGGACCUCCAGGUUUACCUGCAAAGGAAAGAGUAUUUAUCACUCUUUCCGUGUAAGCACUUUCACUGAAUACUCAGUUGUGCCUGAGAUCGCAGUGGCAAAAAUUGAUGAUGCUGCACCUAUGGAUAAAGUUUGUCUCAUAAGCUGUGGAGUACCUACAGGUUAUGGGGCAGCCGUUCAGUCUGCCAAGGUCACCCCUGGUUCCACCUGUGUGAUUUUUGGACUUGGAGGAGUUGGCUCAGCCAUUGUCAUGGGCUGCAAAGCCUCUGGCGCCUCUAGGAUCAUUGGGGUUGACAUCAAUGAGAAAAAGUUUUCUCAGGCAAGAGCAUUAGGAGUCACCGAUUGUCUCAACCCUAGGAAACUCAAGAAGUCUGUUCAAGAGGUGGUGAUGGAAAUGAUGGGUGUUGGUGUUGACUUUGCCUUUGAAGCCGUUGGGCUUGUUGAUACCAUGACUGCUGCUUGGGAAUCCUGCAACAAGAGCUAUGGUGUCUGUCUGAUCGUUGGGUUGGCAUCACCAGAGUCACAGCUUUCCCUUGAGGCAGCAAAGAUUAUCACUGGAAAAACACUGAAGGGUGUAUGUUUAGGAGAUUAUAAAACAAAAGAUUGUAUUCCCCAACUAGUGGCUGAUUAUCUGCAAAAUAAGAUUAAUAUAGAUCCAUUAGUAACUCAUCAGCUGCCUUUUGACCAGCUACACAAAGCCUUGGAAUUGUACCAUGCUGGAGAAGUCAUCCGUUGUGUGCUGCUGUUCUGA